AACAGACAUCUUUUAUCCUUUAGCUUAACGUGAAGAGAGAGAGAAAGUGUUGAAAACAAAGGGAGGUGAUGAGACUCUGACGACGGUUGAAGAUGGAAAUGCAGAGAGAGAAAGAGAAAGAGAAAGAGAAAGAGAAAGAGAGAGAGAGAGAGAGGGAGGGAAGUGGGAAAGCUACUAGACUUAAUUUUUCCUUCAGUUGAAAGCUUUCCUCCUCAAUCCUCAUCCUUGGUGUCUCUGCAAAUUGCAAUUUACCAGUCGCUGUCGCCAUAAAUCUCGCUCCCCUUUAUAUCUCUUUGUUUCACUUUUUUUAUUAUUUAUUUUUUCAUAGUGAUUUUCCAUUCUUCUUCUCCUUGUUCAUGGCUCUCCGGCUCCCAUUUGGGACUAAGCUUUCUGGGUUUCUUGGUAUAAAUUUAGUUUGAUGUUAAAGAUUGAAACUUGCUAUAUAUAAAGCAACAAGUCCAGAGCCUCCUCUGCAUACGUUACUCUCUUUUCAGUCAAAAACCACAAAGCUUCCCUUUUUCUUUCUCAAGCACUGCAGAGGAACUAAAAGCUUUUUCAGCCAAGCUCUCCCAAUUCACUCAUCAUGGCAAAGAUGACACCAGCAAAAAGCCCUAUGCCGAAAAGUCCUAUGCCAAAAAGUCCUAUGCCAAAAAGCCCUAUGGUAUGUGAGAAGUACGAGACAGGCUGUAUGUGGCAUUUGUAUGGCCUCUUCAACUUCCGUCAAGGUCAUUCUAAUAAGAAGCGGCUUUCACAUAAGAGGCAUACAAACAGACUGGAUGAUGGAAAUUUUAAGACCAAGCUUGAUUUGCUUAACAAAAUGGACGAGAAUGGCCGAAGCAUGGUUAAUGAAGAACAAAACUCAGACAGUUGAUUCUGAUAUGGCAAGUAAAAGAAAGCUGAAAGGAGAAGACUUGUCCACUGAGCCGCAGAUGAACAAGAAGUUUGCUACUGAUGAAGGGGAAGAUCUACCAUCUAAUUCCAAAUUUGUUGGUCAUUUACCAAAAAACAAUGGAAAGACUAGCAAAACGCGUCAGAGAUCCCAUGAAGCUAAGCAUCAAAAACAUUCUAAUUCAGUUUUGGUGGAAGAACCUUUGAAUAAGCUCAACUCAGCAGCACUGCCAGAAGUAUCUAGCAAAGAGGUACAUAGCAAAAACCGACGAGGAUGCGGUUGUAAAAGUAUUGAUACCGUGAAGCAUGACCAACUUAAUGAGAUUAAUCUUGUGCCAGUACAGCUGAAUGCAGCUGAGGCCAUCAUAAAUCAGAAAUUCAUUGAUGGGGUGAACCACCAGUCUAAACAAUUAUUAGAUGCAUUAGAAAUUUUGAAUUCGAAUAAGGAGUUAUUUCGAAAACUCCUACAAGACCCAAAUUCUCUGCUAGUCAAACACAUCGAAGACCUCCGAGACUCUCAGGCAAGAACACAUCAGAGUAAAGAUCCCUGUGAAGCCAACAUUUCAGAAUAUCGGACAAGCAAAGCAAGGCAAUCUGAAGGUCCUUCCAGUAUUCACACGUUGAAAUCCUGUGAUAUUUACCCGUCUCAGGAAAAUGGUGAGUCCGAGUUUCCAGAGAGAAUAAUAGUUUUAAAACCUGGCCCACCAAGCAUGGAAAUUUCUUCAGAGAGUAUCAAUACCUCUCUGCAAAGCUUGAGAAAUAAUGGGCAGAGUGACACACCUGCAAAUUCCUCCUUUAGCCGUAUAAAGAGGAAACUGAGACAUGCUAUAUCGGAAAGCAGAAAAGAGCAGCACUCCAAGUCAAUCGAUGGUACACUAAAUACAUCUCCCUGCCAAAGCACAGGAGAUGAUUGUAAAGGAAAGGGUAUGAAGAUCAUUAGAAGCAAUUCACCUAGUGUUGAUGUUGGAGGAGUGACCAAGUCUUCUCUUGAUAUCAAGAAAAAAGAAAACAUAGGCAAGGUGAAACAAUGUGAAUCAAGUAUUGGACAUGAAGCUGCAUCAACCAGUGGAAGUGGUCUUGGAAACUCAAACAAUUCGCUUGUUAGCCAACCCAAGCGAGAGGAAUCUGAAACUUCUGUGGAGGCUGGGAAACAUCUCUCAGAAUUGUUAAACAAUGGGAACAAGGAGAAGAGCUACUUUGAAAGGCAGGCACAAAAAACAUGGGGAAGGGUGACGUCAUUUCCUGAGUAUGACUUCUUGCCUGCAUGUAAUCCGGUAAGGGACUGGGAAAAUAGGUUUCUUAACGAGCAAAUGACAUUUUCACCCUACAGCAAUUGCCAAAUGGUAUAUGAGAACAAGUGGAGGCUUCAUAAAGAAAAGAAAGCCGGCUACUCAAGUCCAUUGAGGCAGGACGUAGAGGCCCUGCCUGAAAAUAAGAAACUCGAUGAUCAAUUGCAAGUUUUUGAUACACGGCCAAAUAAUCCAUCUCCUGCAGGCUGUGUCCAAAUUGUAGAGAAUGAUAACACCUUGCACCAAGGAGAAACCAGUUCUUUAGAAGAGCCCUCCGAAUCUGAAAGCGCAGACAAAUUUGAUACCAUAAAAGCUAACAAUACUAUCCGCCCAGGAGAAACUAAUUAUUUGGAAGUUCUAUCCAAACCAGAUUGCAUGGAGAAGACCAAUACCACAGAGACUAAUGAUACUUCAUGCCAAGGAGAAACUCAGCAUUCAGAAAUACUGACUGAACUAGACAGCACAGAUCAGAGCUCAGAAACAACCAACAUGUACGAGGAAGAGGAGUGUUUUAAGAGAUCCAGACAGCCAUUAACAUCUUCACCGGAUGUUUUUCAAUUAAGCCCUUCAAGUAUUCAGAGAGUGGAAGAUUCUGAUUGCAUCGAAGAUAAAGGAGAACAGCCAAGUCCAGUUUCUGUACUUGAGCAGUUUUUUGUAGAUGCCACCAGUUAUGCAAGCACCAUAUCUGAACCUGCUGAAGAGCACCAUCCUGCUCUUCUUGUGAAGUCCCCUUUGGAACCUGAAACCUCGUUUUUGAAUGAACAUGAAUAUAUCUCUGAGUACGUGAUGGCCAUGCUGCAAGCUUCUGGCUUGAAUUGGGAUGAGCUCUCGAUGAUGUGUCAAUCAUCCGAUCGACUGCUUGAUCCAUUCUUGUUUGAUGCAGUAAAGGUGCAGCCUAACCAAUUCCAUGGUGAUUGUAUGCUCCUCUUUGACUGUAUAAAUGAAGUCCUUGUCGAGGUAUGUCAUACUCAUCUUCCAUGCUCCCCUUGGGUGUCAUUUAUCAAGCCAAAUGCCAGAAGAAAACUUUGCAUUGAGAAAACUGUGAUUCAUGAAGUGAUGAAGUCUGUGCAUCCAUCACCGCAUACGAUGCAGCAAAUUGUUGAAAAGGACAUAGCACAGUCUGGAAUGUGGCUGGAUAUCCGAAAUGAUGUUGAGGAGACUGUUUUUGAGAUGAUAGAAGAUGUUAUAGAAGGGCUGAUCAUGGAAACCAUAUUUUAGCGGCUCUUGUGAAAAAUUGUAUAUUGCUAUAUAGCUGUACUUUGGUCUGCAUUGGACCAAGGAAAUCAGGGCAAGCUUGGGUAGGUUAGACCAACUGGUUUUAAGUCACUUGAGAAAUGUAUUGGACAAUUUGAACGAAUCAUGCAAACCCAAGGUUACUACAUGGGGAGCUGGUAUCAGGAAGCUUCUUGCAGAUGUGCAUAAGAUCGUCAUGGGGUACCCUUGGAUCAAUUGUAAGGCUCAAAUUUUGCGUAUACUCUGUACAGUUUAUAUUAAACUUCUGAUAGCUACUAAAUAUAGGCUCAUGAUCCUAUACAAAGUGCACAGCCUUUCCCCCCCCACCCCGGAUCUUUUGACUCUCUCCAUCUUUUUCCUGUUAAAUAGAGGAGCUCAAUGUUAUAUCAAGCUA